UUAUAUAAAGUGGUGGGCGAGUCCAACUCCUCCUGUACUUCUUUCAUCUUCUUCCAAGUUCCUUAUUCACAGAUCUAAUCACUCUCUAAUGGCCACUAUCAAGUCCGUCAAAGCUCGUCAGAUCUUCGACAGUCGUGGAAAUCCUACGGUCGAGGUUGAUGUGCAUGUAUCUACUGGUGUCUUUGCUAGGGCUGCUGUCCCUAGUGGUGCAUCCACUGGAAUUUACGAGGCUCUUGAACUAAGAGAUGGAGGAUCAGACUACCUUGGCAAGGGUGUCUCAAAGGCUGUGAGUAAUGUCAACACCAUCAUUGGCCCUGCCCUUGUUGGGAAGGACCCAACAGAUCAAACUGGUAUUGAUAAUUUCAUGGUUCAACAACUCGACGGAACCCAGAAUGAGUGGGGUUGGUGCAAGCAAAAGCUUGGUGCAAAUGCUAUUCUUGCUGUAUCUCUUGCUGUAUGCAAAGCUGGGGCAGCUGUCCUUAAUAUUCCAUUGUACAAGCACAUUGCUAACCUAGCUGGCAACAAGAAACUAGUGCUACCUGUUCCGGCUUUUAAUGUUAUCAAUGGUGGAUCACAUGCUGGAAACAAACUUGCUAUGCAGGAAUUCAUGAUUCUUCCUGUUGGAGCUUCUUCAUUCAAAGAGGCCAUGAAGAUGGGUGUGGAAGUAUAUCAUCAUUUGAAGUCUGUUAUUAAGAAGAAAUAUGGGCAAGAUGCUACAAAUGUUGGUGAUGAGGGUGGCUUUGCACCCAACAUUCAGGAAAACAAGGAAGGUCUUGAGCUGCUUAAGACAGCCAUUGAGAAAGCUGGUUAUACAGGAAAAGUUGUUAUUGGAAUGGAUGUUGCUGCAUCUGAAUUUUAUUCAUCAGACAAGACUUAUGAUUUGAACUUCAAGGAAGAGAGCAAUGAUGGGUCCCAAAAGAUAUCCGGCGAUCAACUCAAGGAUCUCUACAAGUCAUUUGUUUCUGAGUACCCAAUUGUGUCUAUUGAAGAUCCAUUUGAUCAGGAUGACUGGGAGACCUAUGCAAAACUCACCAAAGAAAUUGGUGCUGAAGUACAGAUAGUGGGAGAUGAUCUCCUCGUCACUAACCCCAAGAGAGUUGAGAAGGCAAUCAAGGAGAAGACUUGCAAUGCACUUCUUCUUAAGGUUAACCAGAUUGGUUCUGUGACUGAAAGUAUUGAAGCUGUAAAAAUGUCGAAGCAUGCUGGUUGGGGAGUGAUGGCCAGCCACAGAAGUGGAGAGACAGAGGACACCUUCAUUGCGGAUCUCUCUGUUGGACUGGCCACGGGCCAAAUCAAGACAGGGGCUCCUUGCAGAUCAGAACGUCUGGCAAAAUACAACCAACUGUUGAGGAUUGAAGAGGAAUUAGGUUCCGAGGCAGUAUAUGCAGGAGCAAGCUUCCGCGCACCUGUUGAGCCUUAUUAAAUUUGCACUUUGCACUGCUCCAAAUGCAGCUUGAGAAUUUAUAUCCAAUUAUUAGAAGACCCGAUCUUUGUUUUGUGGAUUCCGAGCCUUUAUUUUUCUUUAAUAAGCGAGAGUUAUGUUUUGACCUUAAACCUUACCACUCUGGUCUUAAACUGCGAGAACACUGAUCGCAUUUUGUAUUUUGGCAUUCUUAUCUUUGCUAUAUAUUUAUACAGCCUCCGAACUCA